AGACUUCAUUGAGCAGCACUACGUGACCCUGAAGAAGGCAAACCCAGAUUUCCCCAUCCUGAUCCGCGAGUGCUCUGGUGUCCAGCCCAAGCUCUGGGCUCGGUACGAGUUUGGUAAGGAGAAAAGCGUGCCGCUGAACAACCUUACCGUGGAUGAAGUGGCCAAGGCCUUGGAGAACAUUGUGAAAAGCAAGGUGUGA